AUGGUCCCAGUGACUGUCGAGGGGUCACCUAGUAACUCUGGCACUGAAGAGCAAAUCGUUGUGAAUGCUAUGCGAACGGAGUACAGCGAGAGGCUUAGCAUCUUGGAUCUACUGGACCCUGAUUUCGACUUGCAGUCUAUGGAGGAUGAUGGCGCCGGUUCUGCCCACCAUGAAACGGAUUUUGAAAAAUGCACAAGGGUCCACGACCCUGAGGCGCACGUUUUGGCGGAAACUACUGGGUGCUUGUUAGUUUCGGAGAGUAUUGUUAAGGGUAUGGCAGAGGGCAUUACUACAGCCCUGUCACCGAAAUCACCGGCAGAGUUAGUCCUUAAUGUUCUGAAAUACGCCAAUAAUGAUCUCGACUACAAGAAGAAGGGUUGGUGGGACGAGCCAGUGAGUCCACCGUCGUGGAUGUCUACAGAAGAAGACAUCAGUUUCCGUUUCGCGCUCCUCUUCCCUACAACUGAAGAAGAGCUUAGCAAGACACAUGCUAUACUCCACAAUACUAUCAACAAAGAUCGUCAAGAUGCCACGAUAACGAUUAUAACCAUCUCUCCAGAUCAGCAUCGCGUCAAGUCCCGCUGUGGUUUCAUAGAAUUCAUGAAGGAAUGCAGGUGCCUUCGGGGCAACAGCAUUUUUUUGAACUUUCUCCUGAGCCCGAUCACAGAAAUUAACAUUGUAUCCGCAAACUUCAGCCUUGUGCACCAGGGCCGCGAUAGCGAAUUGCUCGUGACUCAAGUUCCAUUCAAGAAGAUCGUCGAUAUCAAGUCGCCGUGGCUGCCCGUACUGAAACAUUCCCGGGAAAAGUCUUCUUAUGACUACUAUGGACCUCUCUUCUACCUCACGAAGCAGUUAACCGAGGCACAAGGCCGAGCCGUUUCAAUGGACUUGAUCAUGCCGAAUAUCUGGAAUCUGGAUACUGAUUACCUUAAGUAUUGCGGCGAGGUUCGAGGGGACCGCGAAGAAGACGGUACGGACCAGGAUAUCUGUAAUAUUACUUGGAAAGUCUGGCAGGACGGGCGCCAGAAGCGAGGGUUCUUCUGCAUUGAUAGACAAUCUGGUGAGGACCAGACCGUUCUAUUUGUGGCAUUCGAUAGUGUGGAUUAUCGGCCCACACAAUGGGGGCCGCACCCGAGGAUGCUCUAUGAUCCAAGCUUGCGGGGGUUUCCAUCAAGUCGCAUUGCUGCUAGAGAUACUGGAAUCAUCAUUGAGGAUUACUCAGUCCAUCGCAGGUUCCCAAUGCUUGAGCACAGAUUCCGAAGGCCUGGGUGGCCAGCAAGGGGCGUUCUUGAAGGCGAGACGGAUAGCCCGGUGUAUGAUCUCGUGGACGAUUCCGUGGAUGGUUUCCCGGAUGAUUAUGCGAUGAUUGCUUGA